AUGGCCGCUAAUCUUAUGUCUCGCACUCCCUCGACGACCACGCCGACCUGGCAUCAGUUCGAGCGGAAGGUCGAAGAGGUUAAGCCAUCCAAGACUGAUGUCAAUUACUUGGUCAUGGACUACCUCAUCACCAAUGGCUACCCUGCUGCCGCGAACAAGUUUGCGGUCGAGGCCAAUAUCCAACUUCAGACGGAUCUGGAAUCCAUUCAGGAGCGGGUUGAUAUUCGGACUGCCAUCCACUCUGGAAAUAUUCAGUCGGCGAUCGAGAAGAUUAACGAGUUGAACCCUCAGAUUCUGGAUGAAGACCCCUCCCUGCACUUCGCACUCCUGCGCUUGCAGCUGGUAGAACUAAUCCGCGACUGCAUGUCCAGUCCAGACGGCGACAUCAGUCCAGCCCUCGAGUUCGCGACCGCGCAGCUAGCUCCUCGAGCCCCAACCAACCCACAGUUCCUGGAAGACCUGGAGCGGACACUGGCACUGCUCAUUUUCCCAAAUGACAACCUAUCUCCGUCUUUGGCCGCCCUUCUGGACCCGGCUCUCCGUAAAGAAAUCGCGACGCAAGUGAAUGAGGCAAUUCUGCAGAAUCAGGGCGCUCGUAAGGAAGCCCGCCUGCGAAACCUUGUCAAGUUGCGCGCGUUCGCAGAGAAUAAAGCCCGUGACGCUAAGAGGGACCUUCCUGAUAAACUGGAUAUCGGUCUGGUUGGCGAUUCUCACGGCGGUAGCCAAACUAGUAAUACUAACGAAUCCAACAAUGGCUCCAGCAACAAUGGCACCGACACAGUCAUGGCCAACAACGGUGAUGUUGACAACAUGAUCUCGUGA